AUGCAUUUUCUUAAAAAGAAAAAAGAACAUACGUCAUUCUGUUUUCAUGGCAUUAACUUGUUUAAUGACAUUAGAACUUUAUUGCUUGACAUUAAUGUUCUAUUAAAAUUCAAUUACUCUAAUAUAAAACACCUAAAUUUAAUGGUGGGAUUCCUCGGCUUUAUCUUCGCCACGGAAGAACGUCAAACUCGCAGCAUACUAAGCCGUAAUCGCAACACCAAUAAUGUACAAGCUUAUUAUCAGUCCGUUCCCCAAUGUAUUUGUACACCCGGUCCUCGCGGUAAUUCCGGCGAACUGGGUGCACCCGGUGUAAAAGGACCUCGUGGUGAUCCCGGCCUAAAGGGACCUAAAGGUCCACCCGGGCCAAUGGGUCCUCCAGGACGACAAGGUUCAAACGGCCGCGAUGGUGCACCAGGGCCUCCUGGUCUGCCAGGAUCACGUGGUAGACGAGGUUUCCCCGGUGGUAGAGGAGUUCCUGGACCAAUGGGUGUUCCUGGCCUACCAGGACCACCAGGUCAACAAGGUGAUCCAGGUGUGGCCUCUCCUGCUACUACUACAACCACCACUACAACAACUGCUAAACCAGCAGAAGAACCAUAG